GUAAGACUUAAAGAUUUAACUAUUGCAGACUUCAAGGAUGCUCUAUCUGAAAAAGAGCAAACCAAAGGAAUAACUGAAAUGAAUAUCUGGAAAAGCGAGAAGCUUGAUGAUAAUCCUAUGCUGAAUUUUAGUAUAUAUUAUAGUAAUGCUGAUGACGCUGACGAUAACAAAAAAUCUAAGGAUGGGUAUCUUCAUAUUUUUAUAGUCCUUAACUCACUGUUUCUUUCAGACAAUAUGAAGAUACCUAUCCUCCGACAUGAAUAUAAUAGUUAUUUGAUUCAAAGUAUGGAAGAUACAUGCAUAUCAGAAGAUCUCAAUAUCUUAUUCCAGAUUAAUGAUACUGAGAAUGCUUACGAAUUCAUUACUAAGACGCUUGACUCUCCAAUUUGGAAUAAUUCAUCUUUACGCAAGAGGACUGA